CCAGAGGUUAAGGUAAAUUAGCCAGAGAUUAAACCUGAGAGGUCUGGUUAGAUGGAGGAGAAAUGUAAGAACCAUGGAGCUUUGCUCAACCAAGGGGAGGAGAAUGAACUGGAGGUGUUUGGUUACCGGACCCAGAAUCUACGUAGAGCCCUGUGCUUUAUAAUAUCUGCACUGACCUGUGGGGUCCUUCUGCUGGUGUUCUACUGGAAGCCCCAGUGGAGAGUGUGGGCCAGCUGCAUCCCAUGCCACUUGCAAGAAGCAGACACUGUAUUGUUAAGGACGACGGAUGAAUUCCAAAGAUACAUGAGGAAGAAGGUGAUCAGCCUCUACUUACGCACACUGAAGUUUCCUAUAAGCAAGAACCCGGAAGAACCACUGGUGGCUGACCGCCACUCUGUCAUAAACCAAGCUGUAUUGAAGCCAGAAUUAAAACUACGAUGUAUCCGAGUGCAGAAAAUCAGGUAUGUUUGGAACAACUUGGAGAAGAAAUUUCAGAAAGUUGGGUCGCUGGAAGACAGCAACUCCUGCUAUGACAUCCAUCGUACAUUUGGACUGGGUCUGACCAGUGAAGAACAAGAGGUCAGGAGAUUAGUGUGCGGGCCCAAUGCCAUUGAGGUUGAAAUCCUACCCAUCUGGAAGCUGCUUGUUAAACAGGUUUUAAAUCCAUUCUAUGUAUUCCAAGCCUUUACCCUGACUUUGUGGCUGUCUCAAGGUUACAUAGAAUACUCUGUGGCCAUCAUCAUCUUGUCUGUUAUCUCCAUUAUCUUAAGUGUGUAUGAUUUGCGACAGCAAUCCGUUAAGCUGCACAGCCUCGUGGAGGAGCACAACAAGGUCCAGGUCACCGUCAUUGUAAAAGGCAAAGGUUCGCAGGUACUGGAAUCCCAUCUCCUGGUUCCUGGAGAUAUUCUUAUUCUCCCAGGAAAAUUCUCAUUGCCAUGUGAUGCUCUUCUAAUUGAUGGAAGCUGUGUGGUGAAUGAAGGCAUGCUCACAGGAGAAAGUAUACCUGUUACAAAGACACCAUUGCCCCAUGCGGAGAAAACCAUGGCCUGGAAAUCCCACAGUUCAGAGGAUUAUCGGAAACACGUCCUUUUCUGCGGAACAGAAGUAAUCCAGGUCAAGCCCUCCGGGCAGGGGCCAGUAAAAGCAGUUGUCUUACAAACAGGUUUCAAUACAGCCAAAGGGGACUUGGUGAGAUCCAUCCUCUACCCACGGCCUCUGAACUUCAAACUAUACAAUGAUGCCUUCAAGUUCAUAGUGUUCCUGGCCUGCCUUGGAGUCAUGGGGUUUUUCUAUGCCCUUGGUGUAUAUAUGCACCACAGAGCCCCUCCAGGAGCUUCAGUGACCAUGGCCCUGAUCCUCCUCACCGUGACCAUCCCUCCCGUGCUACCAGCUGCCCUGACCACCGGCAUCGUGUACGCACAAAAGAGGCUGAAGAAAAAGAAAAUCUUCUGUAUCUCCCCACAGAGGAUCAAUAUGUGUGGGCAAAUAAACCUCGUGUGCUUUGACAAAACUGGCACUCUUACAGAAGAUGGGCUGGACCUCUGGGGGACGGUCCCCACUGCUGGCAACUGUUUCCAGGAAGUCCACAGCUUUGCCUCAGGCAAGGCUUUGCCAUGGGGCCCACUGUGUGCCGCCAUGGCCAGCUGCCACUCUCUCAUCCUUCUCAACGGAACCAUCCAGGGAGAUCCCCUGGAUGUCAAAAUGUUUGAAGGCACUUCCUGGAUAAUGGAAGAUUGCAAUGUAGACUACUGCAAAUUUGGGAUGCCAGAUUCAAACAUAAUAAUGAAACCAGGACCAAAAGCCAGUCAGAGUCCCGUGGAAGCCAUCACCAUCUUGCGCCAGUUUCCAUUUUCUUCGAGCCUGCAGAGGAUGUCUGUGGUUGCUCAGCUAGCAGGGGAUGAUCACUUCCAUGUCUACAUGAAGGGUGCCCCAGAGAUGCUGGUCAAGUUCUGCAGAUCUGAAACAGUGCCCCGGAAUUUCCCACAGGAGCUGAGGAGUUACACAAUGCAAGGGUUCCGCGUCAUUGCCCUUGCUCAUAGAGCCUUGACGAUGGGGAAGCUUUCAGAAGUAGAGAGUUUAGCCAGAGAGAAGGCAGAGUCCGAGUUAACAUUUUUGGGACUUCUCAUCAUGGAGAAUCGCUUGAAGAAGGAGACCAAGCCAGUCUUGAAGGAGCUGAGUGAGGCCCGCAUCAGGACUGUGAUGAUUACUGUUGCGUGGGGACUGCCCCCUACCACCGCCAGAGCUUGGGAGGUGCAUAUCUGGACUCUCCAAAACCCUUCCUCUAUGUCCAGUGCUCAGUUUUCCUCCCUUCCUCCCCAGGACCAGUGCAGUGCUAAUGCGCUCACACAACUACAACUCUUUGGGAAUUACCAGUAUCUCAUGCAAGAUGUAGCCAUUACCCUGAUGGUCUGUUUAACAAUGAGUUCAACUCAUGCUUACCCAAAGCUGGCUCCAUACCGACCAGCAGGACAGCUCCUCUCUCCCCCAUUGCUGCUCUCAGUAUUUUUGAAUACCUGUUUCACCUGCAUUGUGCAGAUCUGUGCAUUUUUCUAUGUGAAGCAGCAGCCCUGGUAUUGUGAAAUCUACAGAUACAGUGAGUGCUUUCUGGACAACCAAAGUAAUUUCUCCACAAAUGUGAGUGUGGAAAGAAACUGGACUGGAAAUGCAACUCUGAUUCCUGGUUCAGUUUUAAGUUUUGAGAGUACCACCCUGUGGCCCAUCACCACCAUCAACUGUAUCACAGUAGCUUUCAUCUUUUCUAAGGGAAAGCCAUUUCGAAAACCCAUCUACACAAACUAUAUAUUCUCAUUUCUGCUCAUAUCUGCCUUGGGCCUCACCAUUUUCAUUCUGUUUUCUGACUUUCAAGAUAUAUACCAUGGGAUGGAGUUCAUCCCAACCAUAACAUCAUGGAGGGUUUCAAUUUUGGUGGCAGCCCUCAUCCAGUUCUGUGUGGCCUUCUUUGUAGAGGAUGCCAUUCUUCAAAAUCGAAAGCUCUGGCUAUUGAUCAAAAAACAACUUGGAUUCUAUUCUAAAAAUCAGUAUAGGAACUGGCAGAGAAAACUGGCAGAAGAUUCCACCUGGCCUCCCACAAACAGGACAGAUUAUUCAGGUGAUGGCAAAAAUGGAUUCUACAUCAACCAAGGCUAUGAGAGCCCUGAACAGAUUCCAAAAGAAAAAUGUGAAUUGGGAGGGCAAACCACAGAACAGCAUUUUUGGACUAUAUUAUAAUCAGCCUUGCCAUCCUAUAUGCUUAACAGCAUCCCCUUCUUCCCAGUAACUCACACACUGUGGAGAGGGGGUGACCAACUACCCUGACCUUUCCUCUUGCCGUCUGAGGAUUCGAGCACAUUUUUCAGUGCAUUGAACCUUGCAACAAAUGACCUUAAGAUGCUUAUUUUCACUGUCUUUUCUAUCACUGAAGGGGAAAAAAAUGCAUUUCCUGGGUUCUCUUACUUUUUUUUUGAUAAACUUUAUUCACAUUGCAACAUUAUCUGGUUAAAAUGCACAACUUCAUGGUAGUGAAAUUAAUGGCAUGAACAUCAAUAGAAGAAAUGAAAAUUGAGUUUAAUCUUUGAAAGUUUCACCAAUAUAUUUUUAUUUUCAUUUACAGAAAUAAGAGAAUUUGGGGGAAAAAAACCUCUCAAUAAAUUGUCACAUUUAAAUAACCUUUUAUUUACUUGUGAAGAACAUUUAUGUACAUACCUUUUCCAAGGUCACAAACCUCUCCUUUUUGUUUAUUUUCUGUUGUUUUAAUUGGGAAGUAAUAAUUGAUACUUACUUCAGAAAAUUCAACUCAACUCUAGCAAGUGUGAGAGUGGAGAAUGGUAGAGGUGUCUGUUAAUUGCAUAUAAUCUUGGCGUGCACACAGGAGAUGCUUCUAAGCAAACUCCAUCUCCCAAAGCAUUUUGUUUUGGGGCCAGGGAGCUAGAAGGUCAAGAGGAAAUCACAAAGGUUAUAAAAUAAACUGUUAAAAUGUACUUUUCAUUUAAAGAAGCUUGGCACCUUCAUUUUCUAUUUAGUACUGACAGAUGAAAACCUCAAGUUUUAACUCGAAAAGUUGGCCCACAUUCAGCAUUGCUCAUUUUAACAAUCGUAGAGAAGGGAUUAACAAUGCUUGUAUCUACAGCAUGACAAUUAUCAGCCUACUAAACAAUCUUGAGUUCCAUUUCAUCUUUUCAUGAUCCAAAUCAAUUAUUAGAUGUGCAUUAAGGAUCAUAAGAAAGGGUACAUUUUACAUCCUAUAUGAGUAUAUUCUGCACACUAUUGCCUUUAAUAUAUAUUAACCUCACUGUGACCUUGAGAGGACAUUUAUUCCUAGUGGACAAAUUACCUACAAGGCUUUCCUUGUAACAAUAAUUUUGCCAAUUUAACAGAUACUUUAUGGAUCAUAAGCAGUUAGUUAACAAUUCCCAAUCCAUAAGUGCCAAUUAUGUGCCAUACUGUGAUAUAUGAAUUCAAUGUCUUUACAAUCUUCAAAUCUUGAGUACUGAAGAAGUGUUUUCAACAUUUCAGUAAUUUGUUGCUGUAAAUAGUAUUAUAUACUUUGUUACACAAACCAGCAGCAUGAAAGUUCUUAUAUACAGUUUAUAUUUACAUUUUAUUUGUUUUUAGCCUUCUCUUUGGGUACACAGCUCUUGUGUAGUUUAAAAUGUGUCUAAUUUAAUGGAGACCAAUAAAAGAUCAAAAGGUAAAAAAGAUUUUUAGCUUACAAUUAACAAAUGUACGCCAACCUAAAAAAUAAGGCAGCUCAGGUUCCUUGAGCUGACAUAUCUGUAUUUAGUAAUUUGACCUUUAGGAUGAGAGGUUUCAAUUGAUACACUAGGACAUUUAGAUAGCAGAAGAUUUUUGUAAAAAUCUUUAUUCAAUAAAUGUACACCCUCUCCCACCCAGUUUUUCCAACAACCUAUUUGGUAUCUGAUAAGUGAUGAUCUUUAUUUCACAUGCCUUUUUUGGGGGGAGGGGGACCUACUAAAGUUGAACACUACACUUGACCUUGCUAAAAAUAAACUCAGAGAAAGGUUUAAUAGCCUUGGGAAAAAACUGUUUGAUAAAAAGUACAAUGAACAUGGCCUCACAUCCAAUGAUCACCUAUAGAAAAAACAAACUGGACAGUCUCAAACUGUCCAUUGUCAAGAAUGGCUAUUUUUACGGGAAAACUGAUGACUAAUUGUGAGCUGAUUUCUAAAGGUGAGAAAACUGGAGCUUUGAACACCACCUAUGCGAGAAAUGAACCCAUGAAUUUAGAAGUACAUCUGUGACAUUAUCCAGCAUAGCUAGGACUAUCUUCUGGAGUAGAGAUGUCCAGAGUUCUCUAGAAAGGUUUGACGUGAGGGUCCUGAAGAAGUCCACUCUGUCCCCAGUUUCACUCUCCCAUUUGCCAGUGUGGUAAUUCCAGCACACCCAAAUCCCCUGCUUUGGGUUACAAUCUGCCCUCUGCAGUCAUCCUUUAUGAAAAGGUAAACACACUGAAGAGGUUAGCACAUUUAGCUGCUGUCAAUCUCAGCCUAAUCUGACAAUACUUGAAAAACGUUUUUGUUUACUAUUACUAGAGAGGAGGACAUAAAACGAAUAGGAACUGAAUUUAGAAUGAAAUUGAAUGGAUAAUUUUGGAUCAUGGUAUCUGGUAGGAGACACUCAUACUCCCCAGAGAACAGUGGACAAAGAGAGAGUUGUGGGGGUUAUCUGGGGACAGAAUUGGUGCCAUAAAAAGGGAAGGGAUUAGUCCUAAACAGGAAGAGAUUCAGGAUCUCUGCUGGCGCUGACUGCAGCACAUGACCCCUUCUGUUUUCAUUAUUCUUAACCCUGCAAUCAGAUUGUAGAGAAUUUCUGGCCCUGGGGUAAUAUCUAAAUCAGUUUAAUAGGUUCAAGACUCACUGAGUCUUCUGUUUAGUUACUUUAUCUACCAAAUUCCUAGUUCUUGCAUCGCACCCAACCCCCUGCCCCAUGCUUUUAAAGAUAGCACAAGAAGCCAUUGGCUGGUAGUGUGGUUUGUAGUGUGACGUAAUAAUGUCUGAUACAAUCCUGGGUAUGGAGAUGACCAUGCACUUUUUCCCACCUGCUGCCAACAAGAAUUCUGCUGGAAGGUAUUAAAAAGUAGUUUGCUUCAUUCACUGUAUAAUCAAUCAACUGCAAGAAUAAAAUCACAACACCCCUUGACUUACAAUAAAAGCCUUAACAACUAGCAUAGGAUAUUGUUUUCUAAAUGUGGCACCUUCAACGUAUUAUUUAAUGAUCUCUGGCUAAGGUUAAAGGUUUCAAACCUUGAAAUACUUCACAAUCCAGAGGGAACAAUGUAGCUCUGUGGCAGUAACACAGUCCACUCUUGUUUGUCAUACUCCUGACCACUGAGUAGCUUCCAGGAAAUCGCUGCAUCUGAGACCAUGGAGCAAAGAGCCCCUUAUCCCAUCCCCCCACCCAUCUACGCAGGAGCAAGGAGAUAGGGGUGAACUCUCAAACAGCUUGUUAAUCCAAGUUCCUCAAACCACCUAACCAAAUGCUGUGUUCCAAUAUUUUUUUCUCAUCAGGAAAGGAAUAUGAAUUUGAAUGUAAGCCUACGAAUUUAGGGUGCUUAACAUUUCUUUCAAGUUCACAUCCCUCUGACACAUACAAAAUAGCCACCCUCAGGGAAAGGGAAAACAAUAUUUAUAG